UGGCCCCUCCUCUCCUUCACUGACUGCGAGAACUUCAAGACAGCAGGAUUCUUAUCUUAGAACCUUACGGCAACUUCACCAUGGCUUCUGUGCAAGAGAAACUGAUCACCAGCGUUACAGAUGACAAACCUGCUUCUCCAACAAGCAAGAUCACAAUUGUGGGUGUAGGCCAAGUUGGUAUGGCCUGUGCUGUCAGCAUCCUUCAGAAGGAAUUAGCAGAUGAGUUGGCAUUGGUUGAUAUAUUGGAAGACAAACUGAAAGGUGAAAUGAUGGAUCUGCAGCAUGGUGGUAUUUUCCUUAAAACACCCAAGAUUGUAGCUGAUAAAGAUUAUUCUGUAACUGCCAACUCUAGAAUUGUUGUGGUAACUGGUGGGGUUCGUCAGCAGGAAGGCGAAAGCCGUCUAAACUUGGUUCAAAGAAACGUCAAUGUCUUCAAAUUCAUUAUUCCUCAAGUUGUGAAAUACAGCCCUGACUGCACCAUAAUUGUGGUUUCCAAUCCAGUGGACAUCCUGACCUAUGUUACAUGGAAACUGAGUGGCCUGCCACAACACCGUAUUAUUGGAAGUGGAACUAAUUUGGAUUCUGCAAGAUUCCGCUAUCUGAUGGCUGAGAAGCUUGGGGUCCAUCCUACUAGCUGCCAUGGCUAUAUUUUGGGCGAGCAUGGAGAUACCAGUGUGCCAGUCUGGAGCAGUGCUAAUGUUGCUGGUGUGACACUUCAGUCCCUUAACCCUGAAUUAGGCACAGCCCAGGACAGUGAAAACUGGAAAGAUGUUCACAAGCAAGUAGUUGACAGUGCCUAUGAAGUGAUCAAACUGAAGGGAUACACCAACUGGGCUAUUGGCUUCAGUGUCGCAGAUCUGGCGGAAUCCAUUGUGAAGAACUUGUCAAGAGUCCAUCCUGUGUCUACAAUGGUCAAGGGAAUGUACGGCAUAGAAAAUGAAGUUUUCCUGAGUCUGCCAUGUGUCCUCAACUCAAAUGGCCUGGUGUCCGUUGUUAACCAAAAGCUGAAGGAUGAUGAAGUUGCCCAACUGCAGAAGAGUGCAGCCACUUUGUGGUCUAUCCAGAGCGAUUUGAAAGAUCUGUAAUUCUAAUGUAUAAUUGUCUUUAAUAUUAUAUACUGAUUUGUAGAGAAAUAGUUGUCAGAAUAAAAACCUGAAAACUG